AUGUCUAUCGCCACAGCACAAAGCGCCCCUUCCCUGCGGCAUCUUGUUGACAAGCUCGUCGUCCUGGUAGGCGGGACCUCCGGUAUCGGCUACUCCGUCGCCCAAGCUUCCCUAGAACAUGGAGCCCGUGUCAUCAUUUCCAGCAGCACGCAAGCCAAGGUCGAUGCGGCUGUCAAGAGACUCCUUGCCGUUAACCCUCUCUUCGAGGGGAAAGUAUCCGGGUCGACUUUGAAUGCAAAGGACGUCAAGUCGGUUGAAGCAUUCUGGGACAAGGUCGGGAAGUUUGACCAUCUGGUGUGGACUGCCGGCGAUUCCCUCCUGACCAAUUUCAUGGACGAAGACCUCGAGACCCAGAAGGCGACAUUCGAUGUCCGCUUCUGGGGACCCGUUCUCUCCGCCAAAUAUGCUUAUAAGAAGGGUCUCUUCAACCCCGGCGCAUCAGUGACGAUGUCUGUGGGCACUGUGGUGCGGAAGCCGGCUAAGGGGUGGGCGAUGAUAGCUGCAGUCACGGGUGCGGUGGAGAGUAUCACAAGGGGACUCGCGGUCGAGUUGGCACCGAUUCGCGUGAAUACCGUAGCGCCCGGUGGUGUCGACACUGAGCUCUGGGGUCACAUGCCAGCCGACGUCAAGGCCGGUUUUAUGAAGGGGUUCGCAGACCACUCUCUUGUGCAGCACACAGCUACGCCGGAUGAGAUUGCUGAAUCCUAUCUAUUCCUAAUGAAGUGCACCAAUAUGACCGGGAAAACGAUCGAUGUCGAGGGUGGAGCGUUGCUCUGCUGAGUUUCCCGAAGAAAUUGGAGGUUGUUGCAUUGUAUCUAGAUGGAUUGGGAUGGUAGGCAGGCCGGCAGUGUGCCAGAGAGAAAGGGCAAUAUGAAUAUGAAGCAGAAUUGCAAGGGUGCGAAAGGCG